GGCUAUGUUGUCAGAAAUAUUACCAGUUGUGUAGGUAGGUAAAAUUCGUCGCUUGUCGGACUAAAAUUUAUUUUUCUUUAAUGGUUUUCAAACGGAUUACCAUGAUUUAUAGUUCAAAAUAAUACCUGUGAAACCGUUAUAUAUGUUAAAAUAAUAAAAGGUGGCCAAUAAUGAAUUAUAACAGUUAAUUAAACAUCUGUAAUGGUGUCGCUUGAGUUUUUCGGGGCGAGAAAUGGAGAGACAGCAGUGUAAUCCACUUCAAAACUUUGACGAUCCGAAAACGGAAAUAUUGAAAAAAAGAUUAUUAAAGGCAACUAGCACUUGCGCGGCCAGCGAUCUGGCUCAGGGCAACUCUCAGCACAAUGUGCUAUUGAACACGUUACGCGCGCCAAUCUCGAGCAGCAUGAUCGUGUCCUCGGUGCCGGCGCCGCAGAGCUCGAUGCCUAUCACUCACAAUCUCGUCACCCACUCUAUCGCUCCCAUGAAACUCCACACCAGCAACUCCCCUUACCCCCUGCAGCUCUCCACCGUGCACGUGCCGGUGCAGAUCCCCGGCUCCACCUCUAACAUCAACGUGCCGGUGCAGCUGUCGGGUGCUACCAGCAGCAUGCCACUGCAGCUAGCGCCGGUAAGUCUGCCCCUGCAAGUGUCUGCCACCACUAACGUCCCUGUGCAGUUGCCGGCGGGGGACACCAUCAAUGUCCCCCUGCAGAUUCCCACCGCUAACCAAAACAUUCAACUGACAGGCCCCACUCUCCCAUCUAUGCCUUUAUUGCAAAACACUCAGCCCCUCCAUAGCUCUAUUAUACAUCUGCUGGGAUCCAACCCUCGACCGCCUAACCUCGAUGGUAGCACGGAACUGUCAACCUCCACUCAGCUUCAUGUCCCGGAUGCUGGGCUUCAAGUCAAGAUGACCAACCCCACAUCGGUGGCACAGAUGCAAAUUGGAUCCAACUCAACUGUCAUGCAAAUUCCAAACUCAUCCAAUAACUCAAUUCAACUGUCACUGCCUAACACUGGAGGCCCAGGAGCCGUCCAGUUGAGAGGGACGCAGAGGGCAAUGCCCCAUGUAGUGUACAUACACACCCCGACUGGACUAAAGCCGGUCACAAGCACAGAUGUGAUCAGCCAAGCUAGCACUAGUGGAAACCCUCCUCAAAUUAUUGUCAGAAGACCUGUGCCAAAUAAUUCAAACAUUCAUUUAAUAUCAAAUGUUGGGUCUAAGCCCAACAUUGCACCUAAGAUGCCCAUCCAAAAUAAAUCAUCAAUACUUGCACCGGCUAAUGCUGCACAACCAAUUGUGAUCCAAAAACCAAAACCAAAUGACAAGAUGAUGGUUCCAGUUAGCAUUGCACCAGGAACUCCAGGCAAACAAGCUAUUGCAUACUUGAGUUCAGUCAAAAAGCCAAACAUUAAAACAAUGUCAGAGAAUCAGUCUAUCCUCAUAUCAAGCAGUCAAACCAAUGUUCCAACAAACUCCAACAACCAAAAACUAUUUCUGACCCCCAUGAACAUGCCCAAAAUACCAAAUACCAAAUUUAUUCUACCUGUUUCUCUACCAGCAACUAUGGCUUCCAAGGGUCCAAUAAUAAACCUCCAAAUAGCCAAUGGACAGAUCCAAAAUGAUCCCCAGGGAAACAUAACAGUCAUGCGGGAUACUUCUGUAGAAUCAUCUGAAAUGCCACCGCUGCAGCCUUUAGGCAAAAUCGUCACUGUCAAUGGGAAAGAUAAUUGUGUGCCUCAGAGUCCCAACAAAAGUGACAAAACAUUUACUGUCUCUAUACCAGGGUCUAGAGCGGAACCUACCGGUGAACAGGGCGAGUACACUCUGUCCAUACCCGAAACAAAUGCGUCAAUGAAUGACGAUAUUUACACUGUGUCAAUAGCAGAUGAAGAAGGUGGCACUCGAGAGAAAUCUUUUACUUUGGCUAUACCUGAAAAAGGCAAGAGCCUUUUGACCAGAAACAUGAUUGACAGGAAUGAUAUGGGACCGGUGACAAUUGCGGCGCCUGCGAUAUUGCGACGUUCGUAUUCAGACAACAGCGAUAGGAAGACCACAACCGCUUACAACAUUAAGCGGCGAAUAUCACUAUGUACAGAAAAUUUGUCGGGCAAAAACAUAAAAUUACCUGUUUCGCAAACGAAUGUUGACAAUAAAUCAGAUGAAAAUUUAGAUUCCGACGCCAAUGAUGACCACCGCGUGCCAUCAUUGUUCUGCGACGAAAAAUUAGACAAAGAUCUCGAAGCCAAAGUCAAUUUGGGCGAAUCUGACCCUGAAGACUACAAAGAAAAACAAGAAGAUAAACAUAACGACUUGUACUAUCAGAAAAUGGAUGCGUAUGAAUUUAAAGACGAGAUAAAUAUUAAAGAUAGUGAUUCAAUAUCAGAAGAAGAUCCACCCGGUUUGAUAUGGAACAACGGGAUAGCCCAGCUCCGAGGCAGCAAUCUACACUUCCGCUCUAACGAAUUCGGUCUCAUCGAUGUCAUCGAAGAACCGCGCCUAGACGGUAUUGGACACAAUCCGAACACCAAAUACCACACUCCUCUAAAACAGAGAAUAGCGAGCAUCAAGGAGAAAAAGCCGACGUCUCCCGAGGAUUUAUAUAAAUGUGAAGGUUGCGGAUGCCACGGAAUGGCGGCCGAGUUUAUCACGCCGAGCUUUUGCAGCUCGACUUGCCAGACCGACGUACAAAAGAUGCAGCAGAAGAAAAAAGAGAAAGAGCGUCUGGAGCUGGCCAAAAAGCGGAACAAAAUGAAGAAAUUGCUCCUAAGGAAGCAAGUGUCCGAUUCCGACAUGCUUCUGGAAAACAAAGAGGACAAAGUGCCGCUGAAGCACUACGACUCGGCGGCCAGCGACAGUCAGAUGUCGGAGCUGAUGAAAAUGAGCGAAGAUCUGGUAGAGAACGAGAAGUAUCCGUGGAUGUGCGGCAAGAACGGAUUCUCGUGGAUGCGUUACUUGGACGUGUGCAAGGCGAAGGCGGCGCCCGUGAAGCUGUUCAAAGACCCGUUCCCGUACAACAAGAACGGGUUCAAAGUGGGCAUGCGGAUGGAGGCGAUCGACCCGCAGCACCCGUCGCUGUUCUGCGUGGUGUCGGUGGCCGAGGUGCAGGGCUACCGCAUGCGGCUGCACUUCGACGAGUACCCCGACAUGUACGACUACUGGACGAACGCGGACUCGGUGGACGUGUUCCCGGCGGGCUGGUGCGAGAAGAACGGGCGGCCGCUGAAGCCGCCGCUGGGCCACGACGCCGGCACGUUCUCGUGGCCGCUGUACCUCAAGCAGAUGCGGGCGAUCGCGGCGCCGCGCCACCUCUUCAUGCACGUCACUACUGCUAGUCUGAAGCCCAACGCGUUCCGCGUGAACAUGAAGCUGGAGGCGGAGGACCGGCACAACGACAUGGUGUGCGUGGCCACGGUGGGCGACACGCUGGAGCACCGGCUGCUGGUCACGUUCGACAGCUGGGACGAGGUGUACGACUACUGGGUGGAGCCCUCCUCGCCCUACAUCCACCCCGUCGGCUGGGCCGAGGAGAACGGCGUGGCGCUCACGCCGCCCAACUACUAUAAAGACCCGUCGUCGUUUUCAUGGGAGAACUACCUGUCGGAGACGAUGUCGACGGCAGCGCCGCCCCGCGCCUUCAAAACGCGCCCACCGGUGGGCUUCAAGCCGGGCAUGAAGCUGGAGGUGGUGGACCGGAGGGUGCCGUUCCUGAUAAGGGUGGCGACGAUAAGCGCCGUGAAGGGCCACCAGGUGCGCGUGUCGUUCGACGGCUGGCCCGAGGAGCUGUCGUGCUGGCUGGACGACGACUCGCCCGACCUGCACCCCGUGGGCUGGUGCCUCAAGACCGGCCACCCGCUGGAGCCGCCGCUCACAGCGGAGGAGCUGCGCAUCAGCGGGCCGUGCGGCGUGGGCGGCUGCCGCGGGCUGGGCUCGGUGCGCGGCGGCGCGCACAAGCAGCACGGCGCCGCCUCCGCCUGCCCCUACCGCGCGCAGCGCCCGCACACGCCGCCCGACCGACUGCAAAGGUCACCAAACAAACCUAAAUCAGUAUCUACGAGUACACCAAACAGUGACGCUCCAAAGGAAAAACUUCCAAGGGGUCGUCCGCCCAAACACAAAAGAGUUGAAGAAGUUGCCAAAAAUGAUCCCGUAUCGGACGACGAAUCCCUCUCAAGCAGCGGCGGCAAGCGCUGGCGCGGCAGCGGGAGCGAGGAGCGGCUGCGCUCGGGCGGGCAGCCGUCGCCGCGCCCGCCCUCCGCGCUCGCGCCGUCCCUGCCGCGCGCGCUCGUCGCCCGCCACGUGGCCGACCUCGCGCUGCCGCCCGACCCGGACUCGUGGACGCAGAAAGACGUAGCAGCGCUGCUGUGCCGCGUGGCGGGCGCGGGCGCGGGCGCCGCCGCCGCGUCGGCGCGCGUGUCGGGCGCCGAGCUGCUGAUGGCGUCCUGCGAGGAGCUGGUGCACUGCCUGCGGCUGCGGCUCGGGCCCGCCGUCAAGGUGUACGCCGCCGUGCGCCACCUGCGCGACGCGCUCUCGUGAUCCACGGCGCUGCGGCACGCGCUCUACGUGCUCGUGUGAGCCAGACCGUGCUCUGUUGUGUACACAUAUAGAUAAGCUCUCAGUGUGUCUCGUGCCAUGUGUGGGCACUACAUAUUUAUACUCGUGUGAACAGGACCGAUGCAGUGUUGUGUACAUAGCUCAGUGUAUAUACAUGUAGCUCUCAGUGUAUAGUGAACUGUGAAUACAUACUUGUUGUUAAAUUGGACAACUUGACCGAAGGGUGCUGUGUUGUGUUUGUAUGUUAAAGCUCUAAAAACUCUUAAAACCUUCCAGAAACCACUAAUAUUGAAUGCUCAUUUUUAUGGAAUUAAAAUUCCAAGUUCCAAGGGGAAGUUCCAUGGCCUGUAUAAACAGAACAUUUACAGACUGUUAAUGAAUGCAACUAUUAUUGAACAUGAUGAAAUGUAAUAUUAAUAUUUCAAGUAAAAGUGGAACUUUUACUUGAAAUGUUAAAUUUCUCCUUUGUACCUAUGGUAGGAACACAGGCCGACAACCUUUCAGCUUUUAGAAAAUCACGAAUGUUUGGCUAGCUAAUUAAUUAAAAUUAUUCAAUUUAUAAUAUAUUUUUUUUUGCAAUAUUUAGCGGCUUCCUAUUAUUAAAUGUGCAGUAAAAUUCUAAGCUUCUUAUUUGUACAUAUAAUUACCAAUACUUUUAAUUGAUAAACAUUAAAUGUAUGUUCUGUAGUACAAUGUAUGUGUUAACUGGACUGUACAAACUGAAAUAAAAUGAGACAUAUAUUUGUUGGUAUAUACUGGUUAAUUAGGCAUGAAAGGUUACAAUUGGUUUAGUCAUAAAGAUAUAUUUAGUUUAAAUUAUGUGUGAUAAAACUUAUUUUACUAUCAUCAUGGUGAAUGUUUAGAUGGUAGAGGCAGUAAAUUUGUGUAUAUAAAGAUGUCAGUAUAAUUUACAAUUGUACAAUUGCCAUUUGUGCUUUAAUACCUAAUUAUUUGGUAUUCAUUUAUGAAGGUCUGGAAUUUAGAUUCCAUUUUUUUUGCUUUAUCAAGAUUGGUUAGAUAUUUGGUUUCAAUGAUUUCAAUCAAACAGAUGAAGUUAUAUUACAACAAGACUUAUUUCUAAAUAAUGCUUUCAAUGUUUUUUCAAUCUUUUAAAUAAAAUGUAUUAUGGAUAUUGACAAUAUGAUGCUGUAAUUAUAGGUAUACAUUUUAAUGAAACUUCUGAGCACAAAAUGCAAGGUUUGAGGUUGUGAUUGUGUAAAAUAAGUAACUUGUCAGAGGUCAUUGUAUUCAGCACACAUUGUAAUAAAUAAUAAUUUUAUUAUUUUCAUGCAAUGCUAGAAAUAAACUGCUACAAUUUUUUAAUUAAUUAUUGUGUUUAAGUAAAGGAUAUAUGGAAGUGCAAUUUUUACAUGAUUAACCAUGGUUACAUGGUUUUUGUAAAAGUUGGCAUAGUGUUAUCAAUGGUAAAAUAUGCACCACAGAUAUUAUGGUAAUAUUAUAUCACCUUUGCCUAAAGUCUACUUUCCCUUAUGCAUUUUCAUUAUGUAUUGAGUAUUGAAUACACAUAUUGUAAAUCAAACCACACCAAAGAAGGUAUCAAUAAACUUACUAUUACUCUUAGGAUAGUAGAGUUUUUAUGUAAAUAAAAUUAUUAUUUAACAAAAGCCAAAUGUAUAUUUUGGUUAAAGUCAACUUUUUAAAUUAAAAAUAUUUGUAAAUAUUUAUUUUUAUUAUAGUGCAAUCUAUGGAGUAAAAAUAGUUUCAAAUGUUGAAAUAUCAUAAAUGUAAUAUAAUUCUAAAGUUCUAUGACAGUUAUGUUGUUAGUUUAAUUUUUUAUGAUGAAUGUUAUUAUUUACUGUAGUUAUAAAAUAAAAAUACUUCUCAUUUGGAGACAAGUUUCUAGUUUAGGAUAAUCCUAUUACUUUGACCCAAUUUUAACACAGAAUGUGUUAGUCUGUGUCAAUAUUUAUGAAUAACUUUCUAUAAGAUGGACCUAUUUUAGUUAAGCUGCUUUCGUUUGAUAGGCAAAAAUCCGAUCAAUAUUCUUUAGGGGACAUCAGUUUCAAUAAAUACAAAUAAUAGUUUAUUUUAUAGAAUGAUCAAAGUAUUUUUUAAAUUUAAUGACUGAAAUUAAGUAUUUUUUUAUACAAAAAGCUACUACUCCUACCUAAAAAUUAAUAACAAAUGUAAUAUCCUACGCCUGCAUUAAUAGAACUACUUUAUUGUUUGCAACGAAUAAUGUAAGUAAAAUGAUUGAGCAUUUACUGUUGUAAUAUGUAAUAUCAUGCCUUGUUAAUGAUGUAAAUAAUACUGUGUAUAUAGUAUCUUCAACUGUUACUCCCCAAGUGUACCCAUGGGAGGUAAGCAUUAAUAUGACGCUGGGUUCUUACUAAGUGUUCAUUUACACGAGCGGCAGCUGCUAUCGACGUCUCGGCGGUAGCCAACGGCAGUCGACUGCAGUCGGCGACCGCCGCUGACCGCCGACGAGAGUCGACUGCAGUCGACGGCAGAAUUGCCGCUCGUGUAAAAGAACCCUACAUGGGUCACAUGGAAGCAUUAUACAUAUUUAUUUUACAAUGAAGUAUUUUCUGCUAAUGUGAUUAUUUUCUGAAAAAUAAAUAUUCUUUGACUUAAGUAGGGUCAUCUUCAUUUCUUGUUUUUUAGUUCAGUUGGGUAAGAUUUAAUAUUUUUACAGUGCCAAUAGGUGUAUAGCCUUGGAUGUAGACUCUAGUGUUGGGUAUUCUCCUGAGGUGAGAUAUUUUUGAAGCAAACCAUGUACAGUAGAUAUAGUGAACUUUUUACACAUGUUUAGUGCUAAUGUGCCAUUUACUUGGCAUGUACUAUUCUAAAAUGUUCUGAUAUUAAUAAAUCCUUUAAAAA